CCCAAACCUCUAGCAUUUCUGAGCGGUAACAAGACUCCGACUCCCGGAGGCCUUUGCGGCUGACAAGGGAAACUACACUUCCCAGAGGCCUCUGCCGCUUCGCUACCGGAAGCGGCGGGCGAGCGGACUGUCCUUGCGUGCGGAGUCGAGCGGCUAUGGUGUCCCGAGUGUGGUCGAUGGUGAGGUUUCUCAUCAAGGGGAGUGUGGCCGGGGGAGUGGUCUACCUGGUGUACGACCAGGAGCUGCUGGGGCCCAGCCACAAGAGCCAGGCAGCCCUUCAGAGGGCCGAGGAGGUUGUCCCCCCUGCCAUGUACCAGUUCGGCCAGUACGUGUGUGAGCAGACGGGCCUGAAGAUACCCCAGCUCCCAGCCCCUCCAAAGUUUAACUUUAACAUCCGUGAGUCCUGGAAUUCAGGCAUCAUUACGGUGAUGACAGCCCUGUCGGUGGCCCCUUCCAAGGCCUGUGAAUACACCAAGGAGGGCUGGGAAUACCUGAAGGAGCGAAUCAAGUAGCCUAUCAGAGGAGGCUGCCUUCCCCAGUUGGAAAUGGGCAUGGUGCCCUGGACCUCAAGCCUCUGGAAUGGGACCCUAAUCUAAGGGCAGCUCGCGGCCUUGCCAGCCCAAUAAAGGACUUUGGAAGUGUUU